GCUUCGGGCUUCGUCGCACACGUUGAUGUAUAAUCCUGUAUUUUAGCUGUAGUUUUUUAGUUGAAAUGUCAACGAGUGAUCAGGACCUUUUGGUUGGUGGAGACCUGGACAUUGCUACUUUGAGUGAUGCACAACUGCGCGCAAGACUGCAAGAAGCGGGUAUUUUCUGUGGUCCGAUCACAUCAAGCACCCGUACGUUGUACGAAGAGAAACUGUUGAAAUCUCAGUCAGGUGAAUUGACAAUGACAGUGCCACGUGUACCAGACGUUCUACCGUCGACUCCUGAGUCAACAUACGACGACGUGGUAGAAAUACCGACGCCAGAGGACGACAGUAAAGCAGAUGUAUUCUAUGGUCUGCUUGUACCGAGUGGCUGUUGUAAACUUAACGAUAUCCGUUCUGUCUACACCAGAAAGGAGGCAGUGGUCGAGGCUGCUCGGAAAAUAAAGGGCGCGCGUUUCAAAGCGUUUCCCGCGCGCAAUGAGGCAGAGAUAUACUCCAAUGGCAAGGAUGAUACACUGUCUGAUACAGCUAGAGGUGAGCCAGCCACACUGACAGACAACAACUUUUCAGCACCUAAACCUCAAGAUCUUUCGAUUCUGAGAGGAAUGAUUGAGAAGGGAGACAUCGAGACAUUUAGAACAUCGGUCUGGUCAAAUCCUCGAUAUAUCGUCAGCUCGGGUGAUACACCAGUAGCAUUGCAGAUUGGCUGUAAAUGGAAUGCAUUACAUGUUGCUGCAAAGUCAAACCAGAUUGCAGUAGCUGAAUCGUUGGUGGAAGCAUUGAAGGCGGACGAAUUCUGGAGGCUUCUGUAUCCGUCUGAUAGUGAGGAAACUAGAGAACAGCGCAAAAGGUUUCUUACUGAUUUGUACCUCAAUUCACCAGACUCUGGUAGCUGCGAGACUCCUCUACAUUUUGCUGCUAAGUUUGGUCAUGUUGAGAUGGUCGAGUUUCUGCUCAUGCAGCAAGGAAUCGAUGUUAGUGCUUGCAACAAAUAUGGAGAGACCGCUGCAAGCAUUGCAGGUCAGCGCUGUAAUGCAAACAAGUCGAGGAUUGAAACAGAAAUUCAAACUAUGCUGGAAGAACAGGUGUAUGUUCCAAUGUUUCGAUCUGAGGGUAAUGUCACUCCACCUAUUGUUGGAAAGCUGUGGUCUCCUGAUCCUGUACACUCGCCAGUGCUCAUCGCCACUCGUCAGGCUAACUUGUUGUCUGGUCCACCACUGACGUCUCAUGAGUGUGAACAACGCUGUUGUAAUGAAGCAAAUGUUGUAGACUCUUCUUUCAAUGUGAGUGCGUUUGCUGGUCCGAUGUCUCCAAGCAGGGCAGCGCAAUUUCGACGUGAAUGGCGGUCUCCAUUAGGUAGUCCACCACAUUCAGGUUAUAGGAAACAGGUAGUUAGCAUUCGUCGCGGUGACAGUGAGCGAGGAUUGGAAAGAAUUGGAAGAGAUCUUGCUCACAGAGAAGGAUUAAAGUGGAGUGAAUACUGGGAUUUUCUUGGCUGCUAUGUAGACUUGUCAACAUCAGCUGGAUUAGAUGUACUCGAGAAAUACUUCUCAGACAGGAGUAGUAAACAGACAGACAGAGAGGAGCAAAAUAAUAUAAAAAACCUUGUAGCUGGAGCUUCUCGUCUUCAAAUUGAAGAGGACCCUGUGUUCUUGUUGGGUCCUGAACCAACAAAGUUGGAUCAAGAUGUUUUACUAGCUGUAAAUGCUGCCACACUGGAUGAGCACAGGCAUAAACUUGUAAAAAAGUGGCAAGAUCUUGUUCUCUCUUGUCCUCAAGAGGUGCGCCGCCGUUGGACAACACCAAGAAAGAAGAAUAGCAUAUCAAAACUGAGUGACUGUCAGUCUCCCGGCCGUGUAGGACCUUCUCCUUUAGCACAGAGUACUACAGGUCAAGGCAACUUUUUUGAACCCAAGAAAUUGUUGUACUAGCUCUACGUCUGUUUUAAUCCAUGCUUUGGCGUAAUGCUUCAGUCUGAGGCUAUAUUGCUGUACUCUCACAAGACUGUGUUAUAUGAAAUAAAUUGAUAUGUACUUCGUCUUCUGAUGCUUGUACAGUGUAUACAACAAAUCUUAGUGUGACAGAUUAGAGCAUGUAAUGAUCGUUUUUAAUACGUUUC